AUGGCGUUUUUGCAUGGAGUUCUUGAGAGUGUAAAAGAUGAUGAAAACGUUACAACGUAUGAUGGUUACAUUACUGUAGAGAAUGAUAAGCUUCAAAAAUUACUUGACUCUCUCCAAUCUUCAAUUGGCCAGGGACGCAGUGAAUUUGGUGAUCGGGUUGAAAAGGUAAAUGACAAGACAAGCGACGUGAAGACUAAAUUAGGUAAAUAUGUUCAAGAGGUUACUAGGCAGCAAGAUCAGAGCCUUGAAGCGCAGCUGUUCCAAUGGACAACUACGCUCGGCUACAUAGCAAAAGAUAUUCAUAGCAUUAACAUUGAUAAGAUAAUGUUGCUAGACACUGCACUUAGCACACGCAUAAUGCACAAAGUAGAGCCGAUUCAGAAGUCGGUUGAGGUGCUGCUUGGGGCGGCUAACAACCUUGACCUUAAAGGGCAGGCUAAAAAUGUAGAUGAACUGCUUGAGCAGCAGAAGAAAAAUGUCGUGUAUGCUAUUAAUCAUGGUGUUGAGAAAUUACAAAGAACGAUGGCAGAACGAUUUCGAGAAAUACUUGCAGAAAUUCUUAUUCUGAGAGAGAAAAGGGGAGAUAGUAUUAAGGCGAUCAGGGGAGCAAUUUCGCUGACUAAAGGAGGGAUAGAUGGCCAACUUGGAAAAACGAGUGGAAUUUUCAAAAAUAAAAUACUAACACAUUUUGAUGAAAUUAAGAAAAGUCUUUUGGAAGUUAAUAAAAACGACAAUCCUUCUCGCAAAGCAGGCACAUCAAAACUGAAACAGGAAACUGAGCUAAUUAAGUCGGUGCUUUUGGAAGUUGGUCAAGAGUUGAAGAGGCAUGUUGACAGUUUGCAGGAAAGGAUUCAGCAAGCUGACCAAUUGCGUGACGCGGCGUUUAGUAAAGCGGAAGAGGUUUACAAUGAACUGAUGAAGGAGAGGAGUAUUUCUGAUUCAAUUGCUGGAAAGCUUGGUGAGAUUGACGGAGAUCAGUCAGCCAUUGGCGGUGUGCAUUCUCAACUCACAGGAAUCGACGUUGCCUUGAACCAGUGGCUUAAUCAGGCCGACCAUGUUUUCCAUAGUGCCUUAUUGAAGGUUGAUGAAAUUAUUAAAGAAGUAAAUGACACAAAACAAUCUAUGAUUACUCAAGCAGUUGCUGAUUUAAAAAGUCAAACUGGAAAGCAUUUUCUUGCCCUUAAGAAAUCUCAGCUUCAGGGCUAUGCCCAUCAGGCCACCCAUCAUCUUGCGAAUCUGGCCAAUAUAGUUGAAUGCUUGGUGGAAGAAACCUUCAAGGCUGCGAAAAGUGCAUAUGAGACAUGGGUCAAGAAUGGUACUCAGCGCGUCGAUCCACAUAUUAGUGCUAAGGUAUCAGAGCAGAUUGGGCGGUUGGAAACCAUAUCCAGUGCGGUUCAAAAUGCUGCGAAACAGGCAUCGCAGGGUAGUAGUAGAGGUGCCCAAUUGUAUGCGACGAUGCUUCCAGGUAGACUAAUUAACGCUUUGCAAAGCUUUCAGUUGCAUCCACAAUUACAGAGCAUUCGUAGAGGGCGCCCACCUCAGCCUCCAUCCGACGCGCAUACUGCUACCCUGCACCUUUUAUCUCUCUCCGAAUUUGCCUCUACCAUUACAAAAGUCGUCAAUGAUACCAUCUCGUUUUUGAAUAUACAAAUUAAAACUGGUGAGCAAAACGCUAGUACUAUUAACAGUGGCUCAAAUAUAGAUGGCUUGACUAGUCAACUUAUUGCUGCGUUGCAAAGUGCAUCACAGUUUGCUGACCAACUUCAACCGUUGAAUACGGACAUUCAGUCAAUGAUUCAGUCUGCGUGGACUGUUGACCGUAGAUUGAAUAUUAAAGAGAGUGUUCAAUCACUAUCAGCACUCCCCCGUGAUUUAAUGAACUUCGAGAGCCACUUCAACACUGAGAAAUCCUUGUUCGAUAACCUAGAACAAAAUAUUACGAGAAAUUUCAAUGCCCUUGUCAAUGCUGUUCGACAUGAAACGGGGCCACCUACUGGCCUCAAAAAAGUUUUGGGGGAUUUUAGAUCCGAUGAAAUUUCCAAGGGUACGGAUAGCAAAGGGCUUCAAAAAAUUAAUAAGGACCUCCACGCUCAACAAACUACGUUAUCCUCCCAUCCUGGUGCCAUCCACCAAGCCGUCUCCAACAUUACGUCUAAGCUGGGAGAGCUUCAAAAACAAUUGAAGAAUACAUCCUCCAGCAGCCAAGACGAUAAAGGCGCCCUGGACAAGCUGGAGGCAUUGGAAGAGAAACUUGGGCAUAAAACGUCACACGAACAAUGCAUUAAAGCAGUUUGUAACAAGCUCAGCAAGCUGCAUACCAAUGAGUUCACUGACAAAAAAGCCGGCAAGAUCCAGAACUUCAUCCAAGGCGUGCUUGAUGUAGUCACACAGCUUGAAAAUGUUCCCGAAGAUGUUGGAAAAAAGAAGGAAGCAGUUAUACAGCUCAUGGAUGAGUUAAAGGUAGAAAUCGACGGUCUCUUCAAAAACAUCGACGAUGUCGUCAACGAAGCAGACGAAGCUUUCAUAAACAUCAUAGUUAGCAUGGAAAACACUGUUCUAAGAGCCAAGCACCUAUCCGAACAGACGAUCAAAACCCUCAAAGAAACUCUCCUCGACGAGGUCAGAAAGGCCUUCGAAAACGUAACCAAUGACGUACGCGUGCUAUUUGCCAACGGCCAUCGAGCAGACCUAAGCGCCCUCAAAUCCCUCGUUUCCGCCCAACUAACCGAAAUAAAAUCCAUCAUCUCCCGCGACAGAAUCACCGGCCCAAAAGGUCUCUUACGUCUCGUGAAAAUUUCACUGCAAUCCAUAACAUCUGACCAUAAAACAAUGCGCCCCUUCGCCGUCGAAAUCAAAAAAUUCUUCGAAGAUUUAUGCCAUCACCUCCAACUCCAAUCCGACAUCACCGGCGAAGCUCCCCAAAUCAAGACACUCCACGCCUCCCUGGAUGCCAUCUUCGACAAACUGCUCCACCACCAGCACUUCCACCACUCCGUCUCCCAGGCGCGCCAGGCCUUCGAGUCCGCGCUCCAAGCAUUCCACGCCGACACGUUCCCCGACGCCCCCAAAAAAGUGCUGCAGCCCCUGAAGCAGGGCCUCGAGAAAUUCGCCACAGAGCUCCAAAAGCAGUACGUCAGCAGGUACUCGGGGGAGACGUUUACCGAAAAUCUGGAGGAUCGUAAAGAUCUUGUUAACCCCGGGGAAGACGUCAAGGAGAUAUAUACAUUAACCGAUUAUGGCCGAAAGGCUGCACAGGUGUUGCUCACGAUAAUGCAUACAUUUAAUCGUGACAUGAACAAUUUGAGUAGAAAUUGCAAUAACAGCUGGGCACAUUUUACUGCCAAUCCACUAACUCGUCUAGGUAUAUUCCUAAAGCGAUGUGGUUACCGAAUCUCCGAGGAAAAGCAAGACGGCGAAUUGCGGAAUAAGAGUGACUGCAAUGGCCAGCAUAUUUAUGACCUUAUUGUCGGACAUGAUGGAGUUUUCAGACGCCCAGACCCAGAUGAUGAGGAUGCCAAGACUGGUGGAGACUACAGUCCCGUGUAUGUGCUUUACCAACACAUUCAACGUUACUACGCGCUUUGCCACCUAACGCUUCCAUCCAAAACUACAUAUCCAUGUUCCAUCAGAGAUAUGUUAUCCUGGAUGUGCGGCUUGCCGUACACUGCUGUGUAUAACAGUGUUUUUGACCACUGCACCAAGCAGCUUAAAGAGGAGACCGACAAUGCAGCUAAAAACGGCAAUGAACCCGAUACCGUAAUUAAGAAAAUACUCGAUAACGAUUUGGUUCACAACCUAUCAUCAGUCUGUAAAAAAUCACGCACCGUCCUUGUCACGAUUCAGGGCCACGGCCGUGGAUUCGACAAAGCGGACUAUCCAUACGCGUGUAAUUUCCAUGACAACUCACGUAACUUCCAUUAUCCGGGCGACGUUCGCGGUUUACUAGAUGUUAUAAACGAAAUAUGCUCGCGUCUACUACGCGCAUUAUACUUCUUGUACUGCCAGUGUCAAUCCACGGCGUCGGUGGCAAACGGAUGGGCGGAGUGCUUACAUGGUCAGGGAGUCCCGUCGGCAAACUGGCAAUGUAAGGACCAUCCAAGGGGCAAAGCAAAUGAGCAACCAAAUGGCCAACCAACGUCACAAGCAAAUAGCCAACCAAAAUCGCCCCUGCAAGCUCACCUAACAGACAGUUUACUCGGUUGCCUGCCACAUAAAUUGACAUCGGUCGGUUGUUCAUCUAAAUGUUUGACUUGCCCGAAAGGAACACCUGGCCAACAGUGCAUAACACCAAUGGGUUUCUGGGACCUGACUCACGCUGCUUCCAUCACACUAACAGGUAGCGACAUUUGCGAUGUGCUUUCUAAACUUUGCGGUAAUGCCGACUCACCUUUGGCCACGCUGUCGAGGUGUCUGGAGACGCUGACACCUUCUCCCCCAAGACGUUUGAGUGACAUGUUCCCCCUUUUCUGUAAUCUGUUCCAGAAAUGGGGAUACAAAUCAUAUGUUCAAAAUGCUGAUUACAAGUAUACUGUUGACAGUGCCAUAAAUCAGUGUUUCCCAUUUCAUAGAUGGUACCAUGACAAUUACCAAGCUACUCAUCUCACCGAUAAGCUCAGUGAUUUAUAUUUCUCCACUCCUGAUCAUCCAACUGAACUAUCGGACCAAAAGCACUGUGACCUCUGGAGUCUCACUACGAAGUCUUCGUGCAGCUCAGCCAGUAGUUGUGCACCGUACCUUCAAUCGAUGUCCACCCACGCACAUCAUACAUACGCCCCGAAACACGCCAGAAUGUAUCUCUCUUGGGUUUCCUACCUGACAUGGGAUUUCUGGAAAUUGCUGCAUGACCUACUCGAGUCGUUUAAAAGUAUUUCGUGCAAGGCAUACGGAUGCGGCUGUAAUUGCAGAUCAGGUGAGCACGGUGUUACAGACAAACAUUCUACAAAAGCAGGCUGUCAUUGCAGUUCCAUUGUAAAUUGCCAAGGCGUUUCAUCCACAUUCUACAAAUACGGAUUCACAUUCCACGUGCCCAAAGAUCUGGCCAAAAAGACAUGUGAUGAUUUCGUCAAGCAGCUAAGUAAAGUGCUCCAUCAAGGAUAUUUCAAAGAAUUAUUUGAUGAGAUCGAUAAUUUCAUCUGGGCAAUACGUCUCCCAUUCUCCAUCACUUUGUUAGCCCUCUGGUCGCUCUCGCUCCUGUACCUGCUGCACAUCACCGUCGUCCGCCUCGACGUCCUGAGGAUACGCUCCCACCUGCGAUCACCCUCAAGCCACCGCAUCGCCGCGCAGUCCCUCCUCGCCGCCGCACGCGUCAAGGCACUCGCCAACGUCAAGGAUACAGCCAAGAAGGAUCUUGCUGAACGUCGUAUCUCUCUUGGUCAGCUUGCUGGACAGCUCUCGGGAUUUAUUGGUGGGAGUGAGGAAGUUCAAAAUGCACUUGUAAAUGGUUUGCACAGUAAUGUAAAUCAGCUUGAAAAGCUUUUGAAAACAUCUUGUGGAGAUGGGAAGUGUAAUUGUGAUGGUAAGAAAUUCCGUGAUGAACAUCUUGAUAAACUUCAAAAUCAAUUUAAUGAAGUUGAUGAAAUUGCAACAAAAAUUGAUGGCCUUAAUAAGCAAAAAGAUGAAAAAAGGAAGGCGCCCGUAGGGGCGCCGUCCGGCGGUGAUCGUGAGAUUGCGGAGCUUAAUGAGAAAAUUAGGCAGCAUAAAUCACAAAUUUUCUCACAAAGUUCCAAGCUUACAACGCAAAUUACAAGUGUAAUUUCCGCUGUUGAAAAGAAAAUUGAUGAACUUGAAGUUAAGAAAAAGAAAGUUGAUGACCUUCAAUCUCAAGUGAAUGGCCUUAAAAAGCAAAUUGAGGAGGGGAAUAAAAAUCCUAUAAAGCAGCAAAAAGAUUAUAAUGAAGAGCUUAAAAAGGCUGAAGAAGAGCUUAAAAACGCAAAAAAUGCUUUCCCUGAAAAUGAUUCUAAAUCUCUUGACUCUCAUCAGACGUCUAUGAAGUCUCUCAACAGUCUUGAAAAGCUUUGUCAACAUUGUGAUGAUAUUAAAACUAAUAAAGAAAACACUCCAAAAAACAUUUUAGAGAAUCUUACUGAAGGCCUCGAAAAAUUUCUCGGCCACAGUAAUGGUAAUUACACCGGAGAAGGAAUCGUGUACUCGGACCUUGACAGGCUCUGCGACGGGGUGAUGGCGUUUUUGCACGGGGUGCUGGAGAGUGUUAAGGAUGAUGUGAGUGUUAAAAAGUAUGAUGGUUAUAUUAAUCCGGAGAAUCAAAGAUUAGAUCAACUUCUUAAGAAUCUUAAAGCUUCCAUAGGUAAGGGGUCUGGCGCAUUUGGUCCGCAGGUUACUGCGGUGAGUGGGUGGCUUGGGAGGUAUGAGAGUGAGGUGAACAAGAAAUGCGAAGCAGUAACAAACGGAAUAAAUGCACUGAGUGAUAAUUUGUCGAAAGGAUAUUCCAACGUUGUAGACUCUAAAAAGGUCGAUAGCCUUAAAGAUCAGUUGGCGUCAUGGGAGUCUACGGUGUCAGACAUUUCACGAGAGGUUAAGAAUAUUGAAGAAGAUAAAGUUAGUGAGCUUGAUAAGGCGUUAAAGGAGAGAGUAAUGGGUGAGAUGAAGGUGGUUAAAAAGGCGGUUGGGAUGCUGCUUGGGGCGGCUGGGGAGGAUGGGCUUGAAAAGCAAGUGCAAACUGUAGAUAAAACGUUGGAGAGGACAAAAAAUGAAAUCAAGAGAGACAUUAAAGAAAAGUUUAGUAAAAUCGAUGAGAGUGUUAGGAAGUUGGGAGGUACAAAAAAUAAACAAAUUGGGCAUCUCAAUGAUCGCUUGAAAGAUGCUAGGGAUUUUUUGGAUAGAUAUAAUCAGGAUUAUAAGACUGAGAUUGAAAGGUUGUUUACUCAGUUGCAUGGUAGGAUGAACAAUAUAAAUCCUCAUCAUCCCGAUCCCGCUGGAAAAGAAUCAGAACUAAAGAAGAAAUUCACUGCGGUAACCGAAGCGGUUGAUGGGAUUGAGAAGGCGUAUAAGGAUAAAUUCGCAGAUGUGAAGAAGAAAGUUGAUGCAGCAGUUGACCAGGCAUUGGAGAAGGAUAUGCAGCAUAGUCUUGACAAAUUGGAUGACCAUAUAAGAACUGAUUUGGAAGGCUUGAGAAAUAGCAUUAAGUUGAAGUUGGAGGCGUUUGCUGGCAGUUUGGGAACGAAGAUUAAGGAGGCGGCGAAAUUAGCGAAGGGCAGCGGUAGGGGAGAUGAGGGUCUUAAAACCCUUAUUAGUCAGUUUGGAAGUGGCGGAUCGGCGGAACCGUUUACGCAGUUAGUAAGAGAGUUGGAGAAACUCAGGGGAAACUAUGCUGUUGGUGGUACAAUAGAAGGUGUUUUGUAUAAUCUUCGGAGACUGGAAGAAGUAUCGUCCGGUACAGCCGUCUAUGCCGAGCUCCUCGCCACUGUUCGCAAAUCACUGUAUGCGGCCAUUGACAAGGUUCUAAAGGGGGUUAUCAUGGAUCCUAAAAGUAUUAUAAAAUUUGAUACUGCUUUCAUGUCAAAUUAUUAUAAAGAGACGAAGAAGGAGGACGGUACAGGCAUCGGUACGUUCCGAGGUUUGAUUAUGACUAUUAAGAGCGAAUUUGGUAAGGGCAUUGAGAGACCAGAUCCUAAUGGAGAUGUAUCCGUGGAUCCUACGAAGUUUGAAUCACAGUUCAAUUACAAGACAGACGAUGGCCAGGGUGCUAAGGACAAGUACGACCAAGCCAAACAAGCAAUAAGUCCUACUAUUAUCGACGAACUUGAAGCCCUUCCACAGCAAGUUGACGCAAAGAGGAAGGAAGCGGUGGAAAGAAUGAGUGCGCUGUAUACUGAACUCAACAACAAAUUCAAUUAUAUUUAUGAGCUUGUGCAUAAGGCAAGUGGUGCUAUAGAUAUCUCCAUCACAUCCCUCCAAUCCACCCUAAAUUCAUCCCAAGAAGCAUGCUUAACAUCCGUCUCCCAAGCCUUCCAAACCCUCACCACCGAAGUCCGCGCUCUCUUCGCUCAGGGCCACAAAGCCGACCUGGCGGCGCUCAAAACACUUGUCGACGGGCAAAAAGGGGAGAUUGAUGGUAUUAUAUUUAAUGACAAAAUAAGUGGAAUUAAAGGAUUGUUGAGUGCUUUGAAUACGCAUAAUGAUAAGAUUUCCAGGAUUCCCGUUGGUGAAUUUAAAUAUGCCGCUGAAAAAUCCAAGCAUUAUUUAGACGCCAUUCUCGAUUACAUUAGGUUGCAGGUGCGUACGCCUGCCAAGGCGCCGGGACAGGAUCCAGAACUCAGCGAUGAGUCUAAGAAGGUGUGGAAUGUCAGCGUCAGACUGGACGCCUUGCUAAACUACCUUAAAGACGACAAGCCACAUCCCGAUGACCCUACCGGCAAACGCAUUUACACCUUUGACCAUCAGUCUGGCAAUCUACUCGCUUCACUUACUGCCGCAGUUACCAACUUAACAUCUCCCAACUUCCACGGCUUCCACAACCCGCUGCUCCUCGACGCCCUCAGGUCCGGCAUGACGCAAUUCACCGAGCAACUCGGACACGCAUACGUGAAUAAGUAUAGCGGUAUGAGAUUCCAGUCUGAUUUGUUAGUCAACAAGCCAAAAGAUCCUGUUGCUCCAAAUGCCCCCGCUUCACAAGCUUCCUUAUCCUCAAAACCUUCAACCGUAUCACUUGCCUCCGUCGCCCAAAUUCCUUCUGCGCUUCCCUCUCAACAACUUACAGCUCAAACUCAGGAUUCUCAGAAUCCUGAGAAAGUCCUUUCCACCGAGGGCCGCAACUGCGCAAAGGUCUGCCUGACCAUACUGGAGAUACUGAGUGAGGACCUUGGUUGGUUGAAAAAACAAUGCGAGUCUGAAUGGGCUUCACGCACAAUAUAUUCCGGUAGCAGUUUGGGUACGUUCCUGCAAAAUUGCGGUUACCGUGUGGUCACAAACCGUGACUCCCAAAAUGGCGAGCUGCAGUACACGAAUGAUAUGAAGGGUGAGCAUGUUUAUGAGAGACUUGUCAACAAUCAUCAUACGUAUGUUUAUAACACCGAUAAGAAUAUCAAACAUGCUUUUGAAAACUUUUAUGACUACCUUAAACUUUAUUACGAUGUGUGUCACCUAGCCACUUCCUUCUCCAAGAAGCGUCCGUGUUCCAUUUACGAGAUGCUUGCCUGGUGUACCAGUCUGCUACAUCAUCCCGUAUACUUCGAUUUGACAACAAAUGACUUCGGUUACCUGUUUGAUGAGCCGAAGAAAAAGGAGGCGGACAGCAUGGAGUUCGAUGGCAUAUCCCUUGAAGAGCCAAGCAGCUUAUCGUUAGCGGCCUACCCACAAAAGAUCGCGCAGAGUGAGAUACACGAUGCAAUUGUACAUGUCACGUCCCUUGCUCCAGUGAUCCUGACUACCAUCGUCGGUUUCGGCGACGAGUUCACCACGUACGCUGUUGACUACCAUACUAACGCCCUUGGAUUCACUUACCCCUCAUCGGCGGGGGAUUGUCUCAACAUGUUGCUUGAAUGCCUCCGUAGAAUGUUCCCUGUAUUUAGAUUCUUGCAUAGCCGGUGUGAUAAGCUGGCAUCCGAGUACGGUUGGUACCAGUGUCCAUAUGGCAGGGACGUUGAAUCCUCCGAUUGGCAGUGCGACAAGCACUCUAAAACUCUGGUCGACUGCCGUCCCAGAUCACCGCUGAUGUCCUUCCUUCGUGACACUCUUCCUGGCCAUUUGCCUCACCAACUCACCAGUGUUGACUGCAAAUCUAUAUGUUCGACGUGCCCCAAAUCUAUGCCUGGGCAGCCGUGUUUGACACCUCUCGGAUUCAGAGGUUUCUCGGGAAGCAAAAGGUCAGGUAAAGACCUAAGUAAAGUGCUAAGUAAAUACUUCGACAAAGGCGUCGGUUCACCCCUACUCUCCGUUGCACCCAAACCGCCGAGAACGUUGCCGGAACACUUCCAAUUUGCAUUGUCAUUUGUGAAAGGCUGGUCGCAUAGUGGCGGUAACGGACUCAAAACAGUUACCGAAAAGGCCGCCAAAAGUGUGUCCAUUGAUCUAUAUAACGAACCAUCAAAACUCACACACGCACUGCGUAAUGCGUAUCGUAAUACACACAGUAACCAUGGAGGGAAGGACCAUCUUCCCGCAUAUGCUGACGUGUCUAGUCUAGCGAUGGCACCAGCGUGUAAUGAUGCCGUCGGAAACGCAUUGUGCGCUCCAUAUGUUGCAUCACUCUCUUGCGACUCCUAUUACUACAUGGCAGAGAAGCAUGCCAACCUUUAUCUAUCAUGGGCCAUCUACCUCCCUUGGACAUUCUGGGAUCUACUCAACAAUUUAUAUAACGCUUUCUGCAACAUCACUUGUGCAGAUUGGGGAUGCCGUGGAUGCUUGAGAGGUGAUAAAUGUAGGAAAGGAAAACAUGGUGUUGUUGAAGAUGACAAGAAACCAAAUCCAACAUGUCAGUGUGAUUCCAUAGUGUCCUGCAGAGGUGUGGCACCGACGCUCUACCAGUAUGGAUUUACAUUCGGCGAGGCGUCGACGUUGAAUAGUGGUGACACAGCGAAGAAGUGUAAGGAUUUCUGUACUCAAUUACAUAAUGUGCUGCACUCCACAUAUUUCACAAAGCUGUUCGAAGCUUGUGAUGAAUUCCUGAAAGAAAUCAGAUGGCCAUUUAUGCUAACGUUACUAGCCCUCUGGUCGCUGUCGCUCCUGUACCUGCUGCACAUCGCCGUCGUCCGCCUCGACGUCCUGAGGAUACGCUCCCACUUAAAAUCACCCUCAAGCCACCGCAUCGCCGCGCAGUCCCUCCUCGCCGCCGCACGCGUCAAGGCACUCGCCAACGUCAAGUACUUCUCACCAUAA